AUGUCGGCACUCUGGUCCGGCUGGGGCGCCGAUGCCUUUACAGAGCAGGUCGAAAAGGCCACCUCCGAGCUGCUCCCCGUCGGCUCCGAAGACAUCGCGCUCAACCUCGACAUCUGCGACCAGGUCCGCGCGAAGCAGGUGCCCGCAAAGCAAGCCAUGCAGGUGCUCAAGCGUCGCAUCAGCCACAAGAACCCAAACGUCGUCCUUCUCGCCUUGGGUCUUACCGACAUCUGCAUCAAGAAUGGCGGUGACCACUUUCUCCAGGAAGUCGCAUCGCGCGAAUUCAUGGACAACCUCGUCUCCGUCCUUCGCAACCCCGCCGGCGUCAACAACGACGUCAAGGCAAAGGCGCUCGGCCUCAUCCAGAACUGGUCCCAGAUCGCACAGGCAAAGCCCGCUCAGAUGGCCUACAUCAUCGACAUUUACAGGCAGCUCAAGUCAGACUCUGCCUUUGAUUUUCCUCCGCUCGAUCCAAACGCAGUCGCAUCUGCUGCGCUCGUAGAGACGCUCACCGCGCCCGAAUGGGUCGACGGCGACGUAUGCAUGCGCUGCAGAACCGCCUUCACCACCUUCAACCGCAAGCACCACUGUCGCAACUGCGGCAACGUCUUUUGCCAGCAGUGCUCCAGCCACAACAUGGCGCUCCCUUGGUUCGGCAUCGGCCAGGACGUACGCGUCUGCGACGGAUGCUUUGCCCGCAAGGGCCCACCCAAAAACGCCGCAAAGCUCUCGCGAUCCAAGAGCGCCGGUUCCAGCUCCACAUACGUGCCGUCGGGUCGCGGCGGCUCGGCAUCUCACCAUCGCUCCGCCACCCUCAGCGGUCAGACCGGUCAGUCGAAGCGCAGCGCACGCAAAAAGGAGGAAGACGACCUCGCUCUCGCCAUCAAACUCUCGCUCCAAGCUUCCGGUCAAAGCGCUCCGCAGUCAUCGCGCCCCGAAGCUCCCAGCAAUCCACAAAAGGCACCCAACGGUCGCGUACUCGAAGGAACCGACGCCGACGACGAUCCCGACCUCGCCGCCGCCAUCGCCGCCAGUCUUCGCGACUGGGCUCCACCUCAGCCCAGCGCACCCGACGGUCUCAACGAAGCUUCAGCACCCGCAGCCAGCACCGCCCACGCAUCCGAGCCGUUGCGCUCCGACCUGCCCCUGCCGCCCUCGCUCGAUCUGGCGCCUCAGGAUGUGGACAACAUCCUCACCUUUUCCCAAUCCGUACAGGCGCACCACCACCAAAAUCAGCGCUCCGGCAUGAUGGGCGCUCCCGUACCACACCAGGUGCAGUCGCUGUACGAAAAGGCCUCGGCCGCACGCCCAAGAAUGGCGCGCAACCUCGAGGAGGGUCACCGCCGUCACAAUGUGCUCGUCUCCAUGCACGACAAACUUACAGAGGCAGUCCGUCUGUACGACCGACUUCUCGACGCACAGAUGUACCGACCCGCCCAGUCCUACGCGCCCAACGCGCCUAGCCACGCACCUUAUGCUGCCCCCGCCCAGCACUAUGCUUACGACCAGCAUGCACCCAGCCACGAAGCCGUGCCUGGCUACGCACCCAUGCAUCCCGGAGCCGCAUCUCUGUAUCCGCACGCUCCACAAGCCGCACACGCGCCUCAGGCUUACCCGGGCGCCUCGCAUCCGGAAUACGCGCAGGCGCCCACCCAAUGGCAGCCUCACCACGACCAGCCCAUGUAUUCGCAGCAGCAGCAGCCCUACCCCACGCAGCCGGCUCAGUCGCAGUCGCAGUACCUGGCCGGUCCGUCAGCGUAUCCGGCGCAGCAGCAGCAGUACGGUGCGCCCUCCCCGGCAGCAGGCUAUCCCAACGCGCACUACGCCGACCCUCAGGCUACGUCGUCUGCACCGGUGGCAAGCCCGACGCAGCACGCCUCGUAUGCCCAUGCCGGAGGCAUGCCCAACGCGCCGGCGCAUCCACACGCAAGCGGCGCGCCUUACGACGCCGCGUCUCCCUACACCGAAGCGCCUGGCGCAGUGCCAUCCGCGCCGGCCGCUGGACGAGGCGCACCGCUGUCUCAACAGCCGCAGCAACAGCAGCCAUUCAGCUCAAAAUCGCCCACUGCUUCGCGUAACGCUUCGUACAACAUCCCGCAGCAGCAACACCAGCAGCAGCAGCCUGCCAAGGCCGAUACGAGCUACCUCCCUAUCUUCCCCGUGGCGCCGCAUCCCGACAAUGGAUUCGGCCACGAUGCACGUGCCGCCGAAGCGGCGUCGCCCAUGGCCAGCCCGUACACCAACGCGCCGUCGUCGGCAGGCAUGUGGCAGAAUGGACCGGGCAAGAGUCCCGCCGCUGCCAAUGCGCCCGUCGCCGAGUCGCCGCUGAUCGAGUUCUGA